AUGGGUAUGGAUGCAGACUAUCCCAAUCAGACAUCUGUCAGCUACUUUUUCCUAGAGGGUCUGAUGUAUACUGCCGGGCACCCCAGCCUCUUUUUUUUCAUCUUCUUCCUUAUCUACAGCAUCACAGUAACUGGGAAUCUCCUAAUUCUUAUCAUUGUGGGCUCUGACUCUCACCUGCGAUCCCCCAUGUACCACUUUCUGGGACACCUUUCCUUCCUGGAUGCCUGUCUGUCAACAGUGACGGUACCCAAGGUCAUGGCAGGCUUGCUGACUCUAGAAGGGAAAGUGAUCUCCUUUGAGGGCUGUGUCAUGCAGCUGUACUGCUUCCAUUUCCUGGCCAGCACUGAGUGCUUCCUGUAUACAGUCAUGGCUUAUGAUCGCUACUUAGCAAUCUGUCAGCCUCUGCACUACCCAGUAAUCAUGAACAAACAGAUGUGUGCCGGGAUGGCUGGCAUCACUUGGGCCAUUGGAGCCCUACAUUCUGCAAUUCAUACCUCACUCACCUUCCACCUGCUCUACUGUGGGCCUCAGCACAUUGCUUACUUCUUCUGUGACAUCCCACCUGUGUUGAAGCUGGCCUGUGCAGACACCACUGUUAAUGAGCUUAUCAUGCUUGCCAACAUUGGUGUUGUGGCUGCAGGCUGCCUAAUUUUUAUUGUCAUAUCCUAUGUCUUCAUUGUGGCAGCUGUGUUGCGCAUCCGCACAGCUGAGGGCCGGCAGCGGGCCUUCUCCACAUGCACGGCCCACCUCACGGUGGUGCUGCUCUACUACAUGCCACCUGUCUGUAUCUACCUGCAGCCAAGUUCCAGUGGGGCAGGAGCUGGGGCCCCUGCUGUCUUCUAUACAAUCGUCACUCCGAUGCUCAACCCUUUCAUUUACACUCUGCGGAACAAAGAGGUGAAGCAGGCCCUGAGAAGGCUGUUGUGCCAAGAUCCUGGGGAUCUGUCAGCAGGCAGCCAAACCCCAUAA